AGAGAAAUAAGUAGAGAAAGCAGCUCCAGAACUACCAUAUAUGGUUGUUGAAACAACAAAGCUGGCACAUCUCGUCCCAGAAAAUGACAAGAUCUUCUUAAAUCACAUAUUUGAGUGUGAGAAAGACAUCAGAAUCCCUAUCUGGGAUAACAACCUCUUUGAUGGUACAGUAAGCUUGCAAGAAGUCAUAGAAAUCUUGAAUGAAAAAGAUGUACAAAACACGAGCCUACUGAAGGACCAGAAAAAUGAGGUCAGAAAGAUGUUCCUUGAUGACAAGCUGCUAGAACUCAUUCAAAAACAGCAUGCCUAUCGCUACUUGGUUUUCCCCAUGAAUUCCUCAGGAGGUAAUAAAGAGAACGACAACGAUCCAUACCAUUGGACUGUCCUGGUUUAUGACAUUGAGGAUGGGCAAUGGAGGCAUUACAACUCCAUCAGACCAACUGGAAGAAAGGCAGAUGCAUACCUUAAAGAUGCUCGUUUAAUGAAAAGGUAUGUUGAAGGAUUCGUGAAGAAAAAUCAUACCCCAACAUUCAUCCUCUCAUCACAAAACGAAACAAUCUUUGAAAAGCAAAAGUUUGAUGCUCCAAUAAUCUCACCUGCAUCUCCGCAACAAAGACCUGGAACUGUUGACUGUGGAAUUAUAGUUUGCUACAUCAUUGACAAGCUUGCACACGGAGAAAGCAUCCCUGAGUCAUUGACAACUGAUGAAAUCAGAGAAUACAGAGUGUUAUUGUUGAUGAGGUUCCUGUAUGAUGAACCAAGAACAUGGACAGAAGCUCUUUGGAAAGACCGAAACUUGAAGACUGACUAG